GUCUCGAAGUAUUGUCUUGUCCUUUUUUAUUUUAUUUCCAUCUAUCUCUAUUCUCUAUCAUCUUCACCAGAAAACUUGCUUACUGAAAACGGAAUGUUCAAAGUUAGAGGUUAAGUAAUUGUUUACUGUAACCAAACCAAAUGAGAGUAUUUGUCAUAUGUAUUUUUUACAACAUUGUUUGAUGAAAUUACGGAAAUUGGAUUAAAAUUACAAAUAUGGCAUUUAAAAUUAACCAUAGUCAUUGGGAGGUGUUGGUAGAUUUCAUGGAAAAACACCCAGACUUGGCGAGGGGUAGUUUUUCAGGACCUAAUGGAAAACAAGAAAUGAAGAAACUAUGGCAACAAUUAAGCAACAUUUUAAAUGCUAUAGGUAUGGGAGAAAGAUCCACAGAGAAAUGGCAAAAAACAUGGUGCGAUCUUAAAUAUACAAUUAAAAAAAGGGCUUCACAAAUUCAUAAGGAUCAAAAAGGUACUGGCGGUGGACCAUCUAGUGCUAGAAACCUAACACCAUUCGAGCUAAGAAUUUUGGAUGUAUUGGGAAAUACAUUUCAUCAAGGUGUAGGGAGUAAAGAAUAUGGAGCAAGAAUCAGUUUAGAACUGUUGACAAUUAAAAAAUGUUUUAUUUCAUAAAUAUAAUUUGAAUGAAAUAAUCAAAUUGUUACAUAUUAGACGACACCGCUCCUCAAUUACAGGAAACUAUAUUCCUUGUUAUUUUACCAUUAAAAUACAAGUAUAAUUUUGGUUCCUAUUAAUUAUUGUAUAUGACUAAGCUUAACUAAGAAAAUCAGUAACUUUUUUGUUUUUAGGUUCCAACAGAUGACUUAUUGGAACAGUGUGAUAUAGUCAUAGGCGAUGCAUUAUUGAAUUCUGACAGAAUAAAAAAGUGGACACAACUAGUAA